UCGGCUCCUGCCCCCUGAUUUCCGGUUCGGGGCCUCUCUUACGCGUGCGCACAGAAAACCAGCUCCCGUGGUUGGUCUCGUUUGCACGAGGAGUGAGCGAAAUGGAGGACUCGUCCUCCACCGUACAGUCGCCUUCAGCCGCCACCUCGACUCCAGCGGAGUUGACCUCCCUGGAGAAGCUGGACAAAGAGCAGGUUAGAAAGGCAGUGGAAGCUUUGUUGACAUAUUCUAAGUCCAGGAAGGACAAAAAUGGAUUGCUUUUGAAUGAAAAUGAAAAUUUCUUCUUAAUGGUGAUAUUAUGGAAAAUUCCAGGAAAAGAACUGAGAGUCAGAUUGUCCUUGCCUCAUAAUACUCGAUCAGAUUUGUCAGAAAUCUGUUUAUUUACCAAGGAUGAACUCCAGUCAGCUGAACAGACAGAACGCUUCUAUAAAGAGCUUUUGAACAAGCAUGGAAUUAAAACAAUCUCUCAGAUUAUUCCUUUCCGAAUUUUAAAAACGGAAUAUAAAGCCUAUGAAGCCAAGCUCCGCCUCCUGAAUAGUUUUGAUGUCUUUCUUACUGAUGGAAGAAUUAGGCGACUUUUGCCCUCGCACAUAGGAAGGCACUUCUACCAAAGGAAGAGAGUUCCAAUACCUGUAAACCUUCAGGCCAAGAAUUUAUCAAAAGAGAUCAACAGCACUCUAGCUGGGACUGUCUUAAACAUCUCCAAAAGUGGUUCUUGCAGUGCUAUACGCAUCGGUCACACUGGAAUGCAGGCUCAACACAUCACUGAAAACAUUGUUGCUGUGACGGAAGGUCUUUCAGAAAAAUUGCCAGAGAAGUGGAAAAGUGUGAAACUCUUGUUUGUGAAAACUGGGAAGUCAGUUUCCCUUCCCAUCUUUUCCUCAUUUAUCUCUUAUCGGAAUGAAACCAACAAAAUCUCCAUCAGUGAACUGAGGGAAAAGGAAGCUAAGAGGAAGAAAAGAGAGGAGAAAUACCGUGAAAAGCAGUUGAAGAGGGAAAGAAAAAAGUUAAAGGAAAAAGCUAAGAAGGCUGCGUCGGUCCUCACGAAAGGCGGUGUAGCAUCUAAAAGCAAAGGUGCUUCCGUGAAGAGCUGUGGCUCCUGGAAGAAAAAGACUGGCAAAGGAAAAACCAAAGUCAAAGUGAAGAAGGAGUCUGGCGAUGAAAUUCCACAACUGGUACCGAUAAGUGAGACUCCAGUCAAAGGAAAUGUUGAGACGCAAAAACAUGUCACAGAGAAGUCUCCAAAAAAGAGUCCUGGUCCCAGCACACCUAAGGGCAAGAAGAGAAAGGCCCUGUCAACUCCUGAGACCCCAGGUGCAGGUCCAGGAAAGAAGCCAAAAAUGGAACAGAAGAAGAAACAAAGAAAACCCUCACCAGGGAAGAAAGAUCUAAGACAGACUCCAAAAAAGCCAGAGGCCAUGCUCUUCGCUACUGCUAAUAAAUCUACAAGGAAAGCUCCCCACACCCCUAAACAAUUGCCAAAAAAACCCAAAGUGCCCCAGUCAACCUAAAAUCAGUGACUCAACCAGAAGGAAACAGCAGAGUUACCUGACAGUUGUUGGAAAAUCCUUGGGUCCUGGGCUGGAGAUGUACCUCGUAGUAGAGGGCUUGCCCACCAUGCACAAGGCUCUGGCCUCAGUCCUCCACCCCAUUACAAAUAAAUGAGUAAAAUUAAAAACUCAGGUCCUGAUCCACCAUUGCAGCCUUCUUCAAAAAUGAGGCCUGGGGCCGGGGAUUUAGUUCAGUGGUGCCGCCACCCACCUGCCUCGAAAGUGCAAGGUCCUGAGUUUGAUCCCGGGUACCAAAAAAAUAAAGAGGCCUGGGUUUAAAUAUUUUUGAAACCUCCACAGGUAACUCCUGACAAGUAUCUGGUUAUGAGAAACACUGGUUAACAUGUAUUUUUAAAUUGCUCUUCUGUUUAAUUGUUAAUGUCAGGCAAAAUGAAUGCUUCUCCAUAUUUGUGAUUUUUUUAUUAUUAAAGUGUAGUGUUUGCUUCUGAGUAGA